AUGUCCCUGUGGGUAGAUAAGUACCGACCACGCACGCUCGAUGACCUCAAUUAUCACUCGGAUCUUUCCAAGAGGUUGAGAUCGUUGGCAGGUUCAGGUGACUUUCCUCAUAUGUUAUUCUAUGGACCCUCCGGAGCCGGAAAGAAAACGAGGAUAGGAUGUACCCUCCGAGAAUUGUUUGGUCCAGGAGUGGAAAAGCUCAAAUUGGAUCAACGGGUCUUUCUCACCCCGUCAAAACGAAAAUUGGAUCUCAACGUCGUUCAGAGUAACUUUCAUAUCGAGAUUACUCCCAGUGAUGUUGGAAUGUACGACCGCGUUGUGAUAAGCGAGAUCCUCAAAGAAAUCGCACAAACGCAACAAGUUGAUUUAAACGCCAAACAACGAUUCAAAGUCGUCGUGAUCAACGAAGCCGAUUCUUUGACUCGAGACGCACAAGCCGCGCUCCGUCGAACCAUGGAGCGAUACAUGGGCAACCUCCGAAUUAUCAUGUGCGCCAACGGGACGAGUAAACUUAUCGCCCCGAUCAAGAGUCGAUGCUUGUUGGUCCGGGUAGCAGCUCCGAGCGAUCAGGAUAUGGAAUUGGCUUUGAGGGCGGUCGCCAAGCGCGAGCGGUUCGAUAUUCCGGACGAGGCCGCCGUCCGAAUUAUACAAGACGCCAAGGGUAAUCUACGAAGGGCGAUACUAGUACUGGAGGCUAUGAAAAUGCAAUCUCCAGAUCUGAACGCGACGACAAGUAUUGUAAAGCCUGACUGGGAGACGUAUUGCCAUAUGGUUGCGGAUUUGAUACUACAGGAACAGUCACCUCAGCGAAUUAUGGACAUUCGUGCCAAGGUUUACGAAUUACUAUCGCACUGUAUUCCUCCCACGGUUAUUAUGAAGACAAUAAUGGAGAGAUUACUGCAAGUGGUUGACGACGCAAUAAAACCUGAUAUCAUUCAUUGGGCAGCUGUCUUCGAACUCCGUGUGCGACUGGGAUCCAAAAAAAUCUAUCAUAUCGAGGCGUGGAUAAUCAAGGUCAUGAGUAUAUACAAGCACUUCUUUUAUGGAAUGGAUAUGGAAGAUUUCGAUUGA